CCUCGCAUCCUCCUAUAGCACUGUCUGGCAAGAACUAUGUGGAAAGGGGUCAGGCGAUCCAUCUGUUCUGUAACACAACCGGGCCCGAUGGUUUUCGCCACAGUAUCGAUUGGUUUAAAGAUGGCGACAAGAUAGACCAUUCCAAUUACAAACACGUGGUCAUUACCAGUUAUAACAUGGUGGAGCCAAAUGUAAGUGUCAGUGAGCUGCUGAUCAACAGAAGCAACCCAUCAGAUACGGGUACCUACAUCUGCAGGUCACCCAGUGGUUACAUCGACAGUACCAGAGUUACAGUUCUCUUUGCGGAUUCCAGCAAUGUUAAAAGGG